UCGGGGCCGCCUUUGUGCGGGGCCGGGGCUAUCCCAUCCCCAUUCCCAUCCCCAUCCCCGCUUCGUCCCGCACCUUCCCGUCCCAGCGCAUCCCAUGGCCGCUCCCCGGCCGGCGCACGGCUGCGGCAGCGGAGCGCUGCUGGGGCGCUUCGGGGUGCUGCUGCAGGCGCUGCUGGCUCUCUGCGCCUUCAGCACCCUCAUGCUGAAACGAUUUAAGGAGCCAAAGGCAGAGAGGCGUCCCUGGAGGAUAUGGUUUUAUGACACCUCCAAGCAAGCAAUAGGUGCCCUCUUCAUCCACUUUGCCAAUGUUUUUCUGUCUGAUCUCACUGAGGAGGACCCUUGCUCUCUCUACCUUAUUAAUUUCAUCCUGGAUGCCACGCUGGGGAUGCUGCUGAUCUGGCUGGGUGUGAAAGUUGUCUCCUGGAUUGUUCAGCACAAGAAAUACACAUACCUGGUCUUUGGGGAGUAUGGUGACCCUCCACAAGCUGCUGCCUGGAUUGGCCAGUGUAUCCUCUACUUGCUGAUAAUGGUUUUUGAGAAGACUGUGAUUAGCCUUGUCCUGCUUAUCCCUGGUUGGACAAAGCUUCAGCAGAUCCUCCUGGGUUACAUCCCAAACCCUCAGCUGGAGCUCGUCCUGGUGAUGUUUGUUGUGCCUUUCAUAGUCAAUGCCAUUAUGUUCUGGGUUGUGGACAGCUUGAUCAUGAGAAAAUACAAGCAGAAGGAUACCCUAGACAUCAAUGGAUCCACAGAAACUCCUCGGGCCAGGAGGACUGAGGAAUCUCAGGUAUUGCUGUCUCCAGACAUGGAUUUUGAUCAGUCUGAAAGCGACCAGGAUAUUUCAGGACUCUGGGGAACCAACCAGAAGAUGAAGCAGCCCAGCUAUCAAGUGGUGAUCUGACAACAGCGGGACAAGGGAGGUGGAGGAAGGAGCAACACUGUGAUCCUUGAGCUGGCCAAGGAAGGGCAGGGUGGGGAAAACUGAGUGACCCUUGUGGAUCUACAGAGAUCCUUUUGCCUGCCUCAUCUUAGAGCUGUCCUGCAGUUGUCCUGUGGGUGCUGUCUGUGCAUCCUGUACAGGCUUGAGCAGUAUCUGCUUUACCUGCCUGCCCCACAUGCAGGCACGUUGAGGUUGGGGAUACAGGGAUGGAUUUUCCCUGGCUGGACAACUGGGUGUGACUUUUUUUUUUUCUUCUGUCACGGCUAGAGACUGAAAUGAAAAUAUUGUCUGUUUUUUUAAUAGAAAAAGAAAAAAAAAAGAGGCUCUAUUCUGUAGUACCUGAACUGUGACACUUUUAUAUGCACAAUGCUCAAGAGAAUUGGUUUGCAAUAUGUAUUUAAAUGUCUUGAAUUGGGAAGCUUGUCCCAGUGGAUCUGAUUCUUUUUACUGUUUUAUAAGGAAUCCAAUAAAUAUUUGACCUAAAAUUGCUUCAUAGAUUAAA